AUGGCGAAGCCCUCGCGUCUAGUCCCGAAGAAGAAGCAGAAAGAAGAGGGUGAGAGAGAGAAUGUUGGGCCACAGCGACGCGUCGAGAGAAAGUACUCUCCUUGCACGCUCCUUGGGGACGAAUCGCGUGCCCUGAAUACGCAACCCAGUUCGCUCGAGCAUCCUCCGAAGCGCAAGACGAACAGGAACACGCACCUCGUCACCCCGACGCCGCAGCGGACGAGGAAAACCAGUGGGCAUCCCCCUUCCUCACCGCGUUGUCCACCCAAACUCUCACCAAAAGCCACCCAACAUCCCCUCCCCCCGCAGGCUGCUCGUACACAGGCCCCCCUCCCCCCGAACUUCCCCCCCCCUCGGUCGCCGCCCGCCGUCGUCCAUGUCGAAUCCCGCAACGUCUCGCCCACGCCAUGUCAGUCCAUCCUCUUCCAGUCCUCCGUCGCGGGCUACGCGUCCGGCCGCAACACCCCGGACACGCUGAACAUGCCCGCCUUCACCCACCCCAAUAGCCCGUAUGUCCCUUGGUCUUCUCCCAUCCGCCGCCAAAUAUGCCGCCCUUUCUUCUCCUCCGAGUCCGUCGACCCCCGACCAUCGGUCUCUGUAUCAACACGCACACGCAGCGGCGCACGCGCGCCCGAGCCGACCUUCACGCCACCGAGGCGCAAGCUCGUCACAGCGCGCUUGUCGUGGGGUCUGAAAGCCCUGCAAAGCUCCAUGCAGCGCAAAAUGAGGGGCGCGGCGAAGAAGCUACGCCGCAGCCGCGCUGACCAGUGGCGCAAGGCCGGGGUGGCAGACCAACAUGUCACGGUCCCGACCUGGUCCGAUGGCUCUACAAUGUCGCUCGAGUCCGUCGACUCUGCCUCGCUCGAGGAGUGGCUGGCGUCGCGCAACUCGCACGACGAGGGGCCGGAGGAGCUGCUGGAGGACGACGAUUGCGGGCCGUCGCAGGAGGACGGUACGCUCGCUAGCGUGGACCACCUAGACACGCCUGUCGAUGACUGCUCGUACAAGGCCUUUAUGGCCAGCACGUCGACGUACGGAAGUCUGCUCCCUCGAGCCGCACGCCGCUUCACGGCCCCCGCGCUCGAGGUGCUGUCCACCCGCUCGCGCAGUCCCUCUCCGCUGGGACGCAGCUCCUCACCUCUUGGCGCCUCAUAUCGCUCCCGCAGCCCAUCGCCCCUCGGUAUGGACUACCGCUCGCGAAGCCCUUCACCGCUCGGUAUCGCCUUCCGCCCGCCGUCGUGUCCCCUGCCCGCACUCCCGUCUGUCGACGAGCUCUCUGUUGACGACGGCAUCCAGCCCUCGUGGGCUGAAGUCAGCCCCACGACGCAGUACCUGCGCGUGCCCUCUGCGUCCACGCAGCCGCGCGGGACUGAUUCACGGCCGGUGUCGUGGCGGUCGAACGCGUAG